GAUCCGCUCUCUGCUCUGGUUUCUGCGGGUUUUAACUGGACUAGAAAGUGAACCACGGCCAUUCUGAACCAAACCGGACCAACGCUGAGCAUCUGAAUAAACAGGUUCACUCCAGCCCAGUCCAGUUCAGUUUGAGUUCAUUCUGGUUUGGUCUAGUCAUGCAGUCCCUGACUGAGGAGAUCCAGAGUUUCUCUCGGACGAGACUGAGGAAGCAGUGCACUCGCGUGACAUCACUGAGCGGCCGUCGCAUCAUCGAGACCUGGAAGGGCUCUACGAUCACUGUGGUUGAAGACCCCGCCCCCCCAGAGAAGAUGCUGGGUUACGUCCCAGACACGUCCUGGGACCUGCAGGUCGGCAUCGUCAAGCCCUACCUGCUGCUGGGUUCUCAAGAUGCUGCACAUGAUUUUGGCACUCUGAAAAAACACAAGGUGUCUCACAUCCUGAACGUGGCGUUCGGGGUGGAGAAUGUGUUUCCUGACCUGUUCAUCUAUAAAACCGUCAGUAUUCUGGAUCAUCCCGACGCUGAGGUGCUGCUUCACAUCCAGGACUGUUGUGACUUCAUCCAGCUGGCUCGCAGCGAGAAAGGUGCGGUGUUGGUCCACUGCAACGCCGGUGUGUCACGGGCACCGGCAGUUGUCAUUGGCUAUCUGAUGUCAUGUGAAGGCCAGUCCUUUGACGCCGCCCUCUCAUUGGUCAAAUCAGCUCGUUCCGCCUCGUCCCCCAACCCUGGCUUCUUGGAACAACUGAGGAGCUACAAAACGCCGAUGAUGAACGGAUCCAAACACUGA